AUGGUCUCCCAACUCAUCUCCCAACUCAUCUUCAUCGGCGCGAGUGCUGCCUCGGUCCUACCAAGAGCCUCUACCGUGCAAUGGGGGAAAUGUGACGAUGGGUUGCAGGCCACUCUACCGGCGCAGUGCGCAAACAUCUCAGUGCCCCUGGACUACAAGAGCGCGAACGCCUCGGCAACGUAUACACUGCCGCUGCUGAGACUCCCCGUGGCUGCCAACACUACAUCAAGAGGAUCUAUCAUAAUCAACUUCGGGGGUCCUGGGGAACCAGGGAUCCCAACGCUGGCGGCCUCGGCCCAAGCGAUUCGGAGUUCCUUAAGUCCCGACUAUGACCUCAUCAGCUUCAACCCUAGGGGAACAAAUAAAGACGAGCUGUUCUUCUCUUGUUAUCCGGAUGAGGACAGAGCCCGCAUCUUCAACCCUGACCCGCUGGCUGAGACGUGGUAUGACGAGUCGGAUGUGGCGCCCGGUAUGAUCUGGGCAGAGUCCAAGCUGCGCGCAGAGCAGUGCUUCAAGACCAGGGGAGACGUGGGUGGUCUCGUGGGCACAGCGUUCGUGGUCAGGGACAUUGUCAAGAUAUCCGAAGCUGUGGGCGACGAGCUGAUCAACUACUUCGGGAUCUCCUACGGUACUGUGCUUGGGGCCACGCUGGUGUCCAUGUUUCCAAAUAAGGUGGGCAAGGUGGUGCUCGACUCCGUGGCCAACCCCCACGAAUACAUCCAUGACAUGUACGAGCUCGGCAGCCGAGCCAGGACCGAUGCCACCUUCGAUGCCCUUCUCUCCCAGUGCGUCGCCCAGGGCCCAACCGAGUGUCCUCUCGCCCGCCACGCCUCCACGGCCGCCGAGCUGCAGGAAAAGAUUUACGCCAUGAUCGACGCCGCCCGCGCGAACCCCAUCGCGCUACCCCUUGAGCACGCGCGUUACAACACGACAAUCGUCCGGGGAACAGUAGUCGACUACAGCACCCUCAAGACCAUGGCCUUCCUCUCACUGUUCGAUGCCCCCAAACAGACCCGGAUGCUGGCAGGCCUCGAUGGCGUCCUUCGUGGAGACUGGGCCGCCUAUGCUGCCUGGCGGGAUGUCCUGGACGACGCCUUUGCGAGCAUGCUCGACAGUGAGGUAUGUCUGGGCAUCAUGUGCGGCGACUCGACCCCGCGCUCCGACGACCCGGAGCUCGUGCUGGAAGGGAUAAGGGCCGCGAGCCGGAUCAGCCGGAUCGCCGGCGGCGCAGGGCCCUCGAACGGGCUCGGGCUCCGGAGCUCUAUGUGCGCGCAGUGGCGGGUUGCGGCCAAGGAGCGGUACCUCGGGGACUACAAGGCCGUGACCAAGAACCCGGUGCUCAUCGUGAAUAACAGGUAUGAUCCGGUCACGCCGUUGGAGUCGGCGCGCAAUGUCAGCGCGGGGUUGGCGGGCAGUCGAGUUGUGGAAGUGAACAACAUUCGUCACGGUGCUGUUGGCGCGGCGUCGAAGUGCCUCCAGGAUAUCAUCGCCGACUUCUAUGGGAGCGGCAUCAUGCCAGAGGUGACUUUGUGUGAGCUCGACGAGCCUCUCCUCCAGACCGACGGGACGCUGGGAGGCCUACAGUAG